CCGCCGAUUAAAUUUACCACAACCUCACUCCCGUUAUCCUCCCCUACCGCCAUCCAUAUAUACAUACAUACAUACACGCGCCAUUUGCUGAUUUCACACGCCUCGAAUACCCAUCCAAGCUGUGCGCUGCGUGAACAAAGGUGCGCCCCGUGAACAAAGAGCGCUCCGUCCAGCCCUGAAAUACCAAUCCCACUCCUUGUUACGUUAUGGACGACUCAGGCUCUUGUCGUUAUCUGCUCGACGGAAGAGAUCUAGCGACUGUUAGCAACCUUGAAUUUGUUCAAGCCUCCAAGAAAUGUCCCGUUAUCUGUAACGAAGGAACAAACGUCGUGAGGAUUACAAAGACUGCGGCUAUGAAAAUAGGCUUUGGAGUCCUAGAGCAGGAGGCUUUAGCUAUGAAAUACGUCUACGAACAUUCUGACGGACGGAUACAACUACCGCGAGUCUAUCGAAGUUUUGUUGCAGAAGGCAAGGGCUACAUUGUUAUGGAAUUUGUUGAUGGGAGUUGUUUAGAUGAAGUUCCGUGGAGGAACCGCCCUGUUCAAGAACGACAAAACAUCAUCCACCAAGUCACGGAAGCUCUUCUUUCUCUCCAAAAUAUGCGAGGCAACAGCCCUGGCCCAAUCGGACUAGGGAUUCCCACCGGCGGACUUUUCACCGUUUAUGGUGCUGGCACAGCGUUCACAACAGUAGCCAAUAUGGAGCAAUGGUUUAACAGGAAGCUGGAUAUAUAUGGAAACGGGAGUGUCUCAGGCAAAUUUAAAGAUCUGACUGGGAGACUGUGGAUCCUUGACUGGGCUUGGGCUGGCUUCUUCCCGCCAGAAUUUGAAAAGGCAGGUCUUCUACACAGAAGAGUAGAUCACCCCGAUUUUGAAUUCAUUCAGGAACUGCUAUGUGAGCUUGAACUUCUAGGUCAGGACGAUGCGCUAUUAGCCCUGCUGCUAUGCGUAUAUCAGGUUAAUGAUGGCCCCUUUCAAGGUUCACACCUUAUAUAA